UGAAGUGCCAGACAGGCUGACUAAAGUUUCCCAAAGAUACCAUUUAAGAGGGAGAGAGGGGGUAGGGGACACACGAGGAUCGCUCCCGGGCGUGCUAUCAGCGCCUUGAAGUUUCUGACGGUGCCGUCGCCUCGCCUUGUUGUCAUCCCGAGAGCAGGUGGCACCCGCAGCGGCGCGGCCACCGGCACUUGCUGCCAGAGCCGCCGACCGGACCGGACGGCACACCAGGACGGCGAGGACCGCGGCCGACAUGAGGACCCACGGCCGCCUCGUGCUCGCCGCCUGCAUCCUGGUGGUCUGUGUCUCGGCCUCGCACGUGGUGCCGAGCGUCACCACCGCCUACGUCAAGGGCCGCCUGCAGCUGUGGCUCGCGGCCGACCCCCCGCCCGCGCCCGCGGACAAGCCUGACCAGCCGGUGAGCCUGAGCUCCUGCGCCGUGCGCCCGCCCGGCGAGCUCACCUUUACCGUCCUGCCGGAGCGGCCGGGCCCCGACAACGACGCCGUGCUCAAACUACUCGGCGACUACGGCAAAGGGCUGUGCGGGGUGCAGGUGCAGCCCGUGAGCAAGGCGCACGCCGGCACCUGGAGCCUCAGGGCCGAGUUCAAGGCGGCCAACGCGUCUGCGGCGAGCGCGGAUGCCGUGGUGACGGUGUCGGAGUACUCUGACGGGGUGCUUCCAGAGAAGCCGUCCGUGACCGAGGGUGGCUCCGGCUUCACGCUCCGUCUGGUGACGAUCGGGAAGGACCUCAAGUUCACCACCUGCGGAGUCAUCCCACCCUGGAGCUCGGGAGCCGUCGUGCCGCUGGAGCCGGGCGCGGCGGCCGCGGCCGGGCCGGACGCGGACAGGCUGCGGUACUUCCCCGGGAACGGUGCCGCCGGCUCGCUCGACAAGGGGUGGUGCGCCGUCGAGGUGGUGGGCGUCCGGGGGAAGGACGGUGGCCGCUGGAUCCUGGAGGCCACGGUCAAGGACACCGGCGUGGUGCGGCGCGGCUACACCGCCGUGACCGUCUACACUCCGCGCAUGGCCAUCUCGCCGUCCUCCGAGAUGAACGCGGAGCAGAAGGAGACGGCCGUCAUGCGGCUCGUGUUCGCCGAGACCCGGGCUUCCGGCGACGUGCAGUGGACGGGGUGCCAGGCGGUGACGCCGGACGGCGCCGUGGUGCAGCUCUCGGGGCAGGGGCCGAGGACGGCGUCGAGCACGGACGAGACGGUGCGCCCGUCCGGGCCCGCGGGGGUCGAGUGCGGCGCGCGCAUCGGGCCGCUGGAGGCCAGGCACGCGGGCAAGUGGACGCUGGUCGGCGAGGCGGGCGGCGAGGAGCGCAGCGCGUCCGCGAGGCUCGCCGUACAGGAGGCGUACCGGCCAUCCGCGUCCAACGAGGUGUCCGUCAUGCUGGGCGCCCGCAAUCAACCGCUGGACUGCGGCCCGGAGAAGGCCCUGUUCUGCGAGCUCCGUGACCCGGCGGGCGCGGUGGCCACCAGCUCCGCGGGGCCGUGCCGGCACACGCUGGAGCGGGUACGCACCGUGCACAACGGCUCCUGGACGUGCUCGAUGCUGUUGCCGGGCUACUCCGACGCGGUCAACGACACAGUCGUCCUGGUGCUGGCAGAUCCCGUGCGCGUGGUGACGGGCGUGGUGGUGCCAGCGGCCAGGACGGGCCGCACCGUGGACGCGGAGCCGCCGCUGGUGCUGCAGUGCCGACUGGCGGGCACCCGAGCCUGCCCCAACGCGCUGGUGUACUGCCGCAUGGACUCGCCGAGCGGCGAGCGCCACCUGCUCAAGGACGGCGUCGUGGGCUCUGGUCGCUACUCGUACGCCGGCGAGGGCUUCCACCGCUGCGACUGCUCCAUGGCCAUCAGCCGGCCUCUCGCGCCGGGGGACAUCGGCGUGUGGCGGUGCGUGAUGGGCUUCCAGUCCAGCCGCCGCGCCGGCUACGUCGAGCUCCCCGGGGCGGACAGGAGCGCGCGCGACACCUCCGCGGCCGGCGCCGGCCUCGUCGCCUUCCGCUCGCCCGUGGACGGCGUGGUGACACCCGGGGCCGCGGCGACGGUGGGCUGCCGCGCGCCGGGCGCCCUGGCGUACUGCUGGCUCCGGACGCCGCGGGGCGAGCGGCUGUCGGUCGUGGACGCGUCCUCCGCCGACGGCCAGCCGCGCUACGCCGGGAUGGGCUUCGAGUUCGGCGAGUGCGGCGUGUCCAUCCCCGAGGCCUCUGUGGCCAACCACUCGGGCACCUGGCGCUGCGGCGUGGGACUGGUCGGCCGGGGAGGGCCGUCGAUCGACCUCGAGGUCCCCGUCGAACUGACGGUGUCGGCGUCGCUGGUGGUGCCGCUGGAGGUCCGCGUCGUCGGCGCGACCGGCCACGCCGCCACCCUGGGCUGCCGGACCCUGCUGGGGGACGCGCUCGACUACUGCCGCUUCCAGCGGCCGGACGGCCUUAGCGUCCAUCUGGCGGACGCGGGCCUGACACCAGACGGCGACGGCAGCCUCCGCUACCGCUACCUCGGGGCUGACGGCGAAGGGGGUGGGCUGGCCGAGGGGUACUGUCGCCUCGCCAUCGCCGCCCUGGCCGAAGAGGACUACGGCGACUGGGUCUGCGCCGUGCGCGUGGCCGGCGAGGUCCGGGGCCGCGAGCAGACGGCCUCCGUGGUGCUCGAGCCGAGUGGAGGUGUCGCUGACGCGGGGGUGGUCGGCGGCGCCGUGGCCGCGGCGGUGCUGCUAUUGGCCGCGGCCUCCUUCGUCGGCUACCGUCGCUUCCGGCCGCGUUUGUCACGUCGCUCGCCGUCCAUCUCCUCGUCGCAGACGAGCGACGCCCCGAUGGCGCCGAACCUGGCGGCGGCCUCGCUCACCACGCCGCGGGGCUUGAGCCAGCCGGCGGUGCGGAGGACGACGACGCGGUCCUCCGCGAGGGUCGCGGCCACCAUGAUGCCCUCCACGAGGCUUCCCGCCAGGAUGCGAGGGGCCAGCGGUGCCAGGGCCUUGGACGAGGCCAUCGGCCUCGAGCCGCUGCCGAGGACACUCCCGGCGGCGCCCGAGGACUCGUCGAGCUCCGAUGUCGACGUCGACGUCUUCCCGGCCGCGAGCAGGAAGACGCAGUAGACCGGCGGGCUAUCGAUACAAUGGACGAAAUACAGCGCAUUUUUUCUUAUUUUGUUUCUAUUUGUUUUAUUUACACUCACACAGAAAUUUGCAUUUGAAAUAAAAUGGGUGUUCCAGUCA